CACAGACCAGCCGAUCGGAUCGACUCAUCAGAGGAACAGGAAGAAGAAGGAUCGCCGGCGUCGUCCCUCCACAUCAGAUCAUCGAUGCCGUGCGGAGAGUGCCGGUGCUGUUGCAGCUCUGGCGGCGAGGCCGCCAGGGAGCCGCUGCUGGGCGCGUCGGCUGACCUCGAGAACGGACGGCGUACGGAGACGACGACGACGACGACCGCGGAGAGCCACGACCCUGUGAAGGAGAUCGCGUUUCUGACCGCCAAGCGGAUCACCAAGUUCACCGUCCGGGGAUUGUUGAUCUUACUGUGGGUGUAUUUGUACAAUUCCAUGAGAAGAUAUGCAAUCAACUACAUUGGCGAAGAUACAUGGUUUAGUACGUUUGCUGUGAUUCUUAUUGCCGUACCUGUAGUUGAAUUCUUAUUCGUUGUGGAGCAGAUCGCGACUAUCCCACUACCAAGAUCUUUUGUGUUGUGCCCAGGCUGUUCCCACGGUGAAAAUAAUUUCAUGUUGAACUAGGAACAUGGUCAGGCUAAGUAUUUGUACCUAUCAGAGUUGUCGUGUUUGAAGCUUUUGAGCAUGAUCCCUACUGCCAAUUACUGCUUGUGCACAAUUUCAAUAGUUGCUUCUAGAAAUUUGAAUGAGAAAGAAGGAAGUUUGAUCGAUAUUGGAUAGGGGUUUAUUUGCUGAUUCCAUUGUGUUACUAAUGAUACAUGAGACUGGAAGCGGGGCAGCAGACAAGCACGGAGAGUAUUAUGCACGCCAUACUCAUCUGGCAAGCAAGCAGGCGGGCCUGAAUUACGACGUGCUGCUCAUUACAACCGUUGCGAUUGGACAGAGUCCAUGAAC